GAUCGAAAUAGCGUCGAAAUUGCUGGUCAACGUGAUAUUCUUGUGAUGAAGUGACGCGUCGAGUAGUAAAACAAAACUGAUAGAGCCUCAUUGGAUUUGCGUCACAUGUCGAUGAAACUUUACGCAACGCUAAGCAAAUUGCGUUAUCAUCAACUCUAAUGAAAGCUCUAGAAAAUCGUGUUGGCAUUUUACGGUAAAGCGGCCGGCAAAAUGUUUGAAAAAAAAAAAGAGCUGAUAAGCGUGUUGCACUGAUAAAUGAACUAGCCAGUAAAUAAAUACAUACAGGCAGUUGACACUUAUUAAGCUGUCAACGUGUCCGUUUUGUUCCAGCAGUCUGCCCGCUAGCAAGAUCCAGUUUUCCCCCGGCAUUAUAUACACCCAUUUUUGCGAUUAAACCAUCGAGGAUUUCGUACCGUUUUCAAAUCAUUCGUUGGCCAUUCACUGCUGCCAAUCUUGUAUCGAGAAAUAGGUCGAAAAACGAUCCCAACUUCGUACAAGUUUUGACUCGCGAGCAGUAACCUCCGAAUUAGCGCAGAACCACCUUCUAUAUUCAGACUGAUUUUUUAGUCUGACAUAGCUUGUUCCAUUGGCUUUUUUCGCAUUUGUUUGCUGACUAGAGCGGCGUGCACAACGUCCCCGCCCGCCAACUGUUUAAAAAUUACCGUUGUUCUUCGUCCAGCGGUUGUGCUUUCUCCGGACACGGCCACCUUCAAAUUCAUUCAUUUCAACCAGAGACAAGAGCGACAGUCGUGCGUGUUGCGGGCUAGUUGAUGAGAAACUGGGAAUUUAAGAUCGCUGGAACUGGUACAGCAACCUACUGCCACCGCUAUUCUCCAAAUCUUGGAAGAUGAGUUUUUUUUGGUCAUCCGGGUCGUCCCUGGUGGAUUUCCUUGUGCCUCCAGGUUGGAUUGCGCAAGACAAGGGUGCAAUGUUAAUUCAGUUGGUAUACACUGUUGCCGCCCUGUUUCUCAUUUGGUUAUUGCAUUACAUCGUUUUCCGGCCACUUAAUCGCAUCAGAGAUUUAUGCGAGACUGGGUACAAGGAUCUAGUCAGAUGGGAUCGUUACGGACGGACCAAACGUCAGCUGGCCAAUGAAGCGAGACGCAAUAAAAAAGUCGGUGAGGUGCCGCCCGUCUACCCCAACGGAUGGUUUGCUCUGUGCGAAUCGGACGACGUGAAGAACGGACACGUUCUGGCCGUCGAUGCUCUCGGCGAGAACAUGGCCGUCUUUAGGACCGAAGAAGGCAAGGCCUGCGUCCUGGACGCGUAUUGCCCUCAUUUGGGAGCCCAUUUGGGCAUAGGCGGACGAGUCGUCGGUGACUGCAUCGAGUGCCCGUUUCACGGCUGGCAGUUCAAUGGGAACGACGGCAAAUGCACUUCAAUUCCUUAUUCGAAAGGAAAAGUUCCGUCGAAUGCGCGGGUCAAAAAGUGGCCGACCCACGAAGUCAAUGGCUUCAUUUUCGUUUGGUAUCACGCCGAGUCGGACAAGAGCCUCGAACCGGAAUGGACCGUGCCCGAACUGGACGAGAUCAGUUCUGGCCGAUGGCGUUAUCGCGGACGAACCGAAUAUAAAGUCAACGUUCACAUUCAAGAGAUACCGGAAAAUGGCGCUGAUGUGGCCCAUCUGGCUUACCUUCACGGCCCGUCCAUUUUGUUCGGAUCCGAUUUGACGGCCAUAACGAGAGAGGACGAUCGUAAAACUAAGAGCUGGGCGCCUCUGUUACAUCAUCACUGGGAAGUCGGAUGGAAAGGUCCCGAACCGGGAUCUCCUGAUUGGCAUUUGGCCGUCACGACCAUCAAACACGAUUUGCGUCUCUUCGGAUGCAUACCGUUCAUUCUGAUGGACGUUGAAGCCAAACAAAUCGGGCCGGGAUUAGUUCAUUUGACUAUGGGCACUUCGCUAGGACGUUGCGUCUUGGUGCAAACGGUGACACCUGUCGCACCGUUUACCCAGCGAGUGUUGCAUCGAUUGUACACAUCACCCACCGUCAUUGCACCUUACGCUAAACUUAUCCUCUGGGGCGAAGCCAUUCAGUUUGAACGAGACGUGGCCGUGUGGAAUCACAAAACGUACAUAAAAAAUCCGUUGAUUGUGUCGGAAGAUCGGACCAUCAGUCGACAUCGUCGUUGGUAUCAGCAAUUCUAUUCGGAGAAUUCACCUCGUUUUGAAACGAUCAUCGAAAAUAAAAAAGGCUCCAUAGAUUGGUGAUGACACUAAACUAUUUAAAAUCGAAUAAUGAAUUGUUGUUUGGUGUUUUUUUUGGUUUUUUUUUAGGGAAAUCUCGAUGUCUCGUCUUCUUUUUAAUUGUUAUAGUGUUGUAUGAUAACGGAAUUUGGUUUGGUAUCGUUGUGUAUUUUGACAUGUUUUAUAAUGAGUCAAUUUUUAAUGACAUCAGAUCGAUUCGGUUGUUAAUUAAACACCAGGAUUGAGAGUUGUAA